UUAAAGAAAUACAUAAAUCCACAUAGUAUGUAUUAAACAAUUAAACUAGUUAAGAUUUAAAAUGCUUCUCUGAAAUCUCAUGCUCCCCAUCUGCAAAAAUAUAUUAUACUCUCACACCCCACCAAACUGACUAAAAAGCCUUAUCUUUUUCAAACCCCAUUAUACUUCAUUCAACUAUUAACAGUAUAUUUUAUUAGGCUUCUCCCUUUCUCAUAUCAUACAUGCUCAAGUACUCUUACCAAUAUUUGUUGCAUUAUAAACUUGAACCAUUUGUUCUUCCCAUCUAUAUAAGCAUACCUUUCAACAAACAAAACACUGUAUCAAUUUUGGCUCUCCAUGGCAGCUCAAGUUUUCAUGAUAUAGGAUUUAAGAGGUUGGUUGGCCAGUACCAGAUUGGGCACAAGUUGCUAUAAAGCUGAGGCUAAUUUGAUCAUUUUCCUUCUCUUAUUGGCAUAAAAAGACUCAAACAAGUGACUUGACUUGUUCUUGGGUAUUCCUCUUUAGAAGGCAGCUAAUCCUGGAAUUGUAAUUAUCAAUGGAUGGUUUGGGUUGGGAUGGCUUACAAGGCACAAACACACCAUCCUUGUGGAGUAAUCACCAUCAUGGUCUUGAAGAAAGCUUGGUUCUGUCCAACUCAAAUUCCAGCUUGUUCAAUCCAAUUCAGGUGCUCCAACACGCUCAAACAUCUCAUAAUUAUACAAAUUCUGAAAGAGUGAGUGACAUGAUUCAGCCACCAGCUGUCCUAUUGGAUUCAAUGAGAGCUGAGUCAAACAUGAACAACUUAUCCCACCAGCAAGAAGCUAUGAUGUUACGUGGAGAAACAAUGGUUGCAAAAUUAGGAGCUGGGACAAGUUUAACAUCUGAUCAAUUAUAUCCUUCUUCUUUGAUCAAUAGGCCUUACAGCAUGAACCCACCGAGAUGUGUCAUGGGGGGUUUUAGGUUGCCACUCCAAUCACAAGUCAUUAACGGCUUACAAAAGGGCCAGGCUCAAGCAACAACAUGCUCACUUGAGUCAUUGGAUUGCUUGCUCUCAGCUACCAAUAGCAAUACAGACACAUCGGCCGAAGAUGAUGGGAUUUCCAUGUUAUUCUCUGACUGCAGAAACUUAUGGAGCUUUGGUUCUGGCAGUGCAGCUUCAUCAGGUGAGUCCGAGAAUAAUGCCCCUAAUAAUGCAAGAAACAAUGACAUGCAACACUGCCCUGUAAAUGAGAUUGAUGAGACUGUGUCUCAAAAUUCCUCGGAUCUCUAUGUCAAUCAUGGAAAAAAAGUUCAAGAAUGCAAGCCUGUUUCUACAAAGAAAAGCAAUGAUCAAACUGAGCUCAAGGCAGCUGUUCCAAACUAUCAUUGUUUUGAUCUUCUUCAAAAUGAUCAUUCUGAUAAUUCAGAAGGUGGUUUUAAACUCAUCUCUGAGAAUCCACCAAAAUCCAAAAAACCCAGAUCAGAGAAGCAACCAAGCUCAUCCAACAUCAACUUUCAACAGUCAACUUCAUCAGUAUCAUCUUCCAUUGAAGAACCUGAUCCAGAGGCCAUUGCACAAAUGAAGGAAAUGAUUUAUAGGGCUGCAGCUUUUAGGCCAGUGAACUUGGGUUUGGAGGUGAUGGAAAAGCCAAAGAGGAAGAAUGUUAAAAUAUCCACAGAUCCACAAACUGUGGCUGCAAGGCAAAGGAGGGAGAGAAUCAGUGAGAGAAUUAGGGUUUUGCAGAGGCUGGUUCCUGGUGGAAGCAAGAUGGACACUGCGUCAAUGCUUGAUGAGGCUGCAAACUACCUCAAGUUUCUCAGGUCACAAGUCAAAACACUAGAAAUUCUUGGCCACAAACUUGACACAAUGAAUUAUUGUCCUCCUGCAGACUUUGCCUUUUCUUUUAACCCUUCUUUUCCCAUGCAAACCCAUCUACCACUCCAAAACCCUAACCAUAUCCACCAUUCACAGAGUUGAAAACAGUGACCAACC